UUUGCUUAUUUCAGGAUGUAAGUAAGAGUACAGCAGAAAAUGUCCACUGAACGGACUUCUUGGACAAGUCUGUCCACUACUCAGAAAAUAGCACUGGGCCUCGGGAUCCCAGCUGGUGCAACGGUUGCCUAUAUCCUGUACCGCAGAUAUAGGGAAAGCAGAGAAGAGCGGCUGACGUUUGUUGGGGAGGACGACAUUGAGAUAGAGAUGCGCGUGCCCCAGGAGGCUGUGAAGUUCAUAAUUGGCCGGCAGGGAGCCAAUAUUAAACAGCUGCGGAAACAGACAGGUGCUCGGAUUGAUGUGGAUACGGAGAAUGUAGGCGAUGAGCGAGUGCUGCUUAUCAGUGGUUUUCCUGUUCAGGUGUGCAAGGCCAAAGCAGCAAUCCACCAGAUCCUGACAGAGACUGCCCCAGUGUCUGAGCAGCUCUCAGUUCCCCAGAGAUCUGUGGGCAGAAUCAUAGGGAGAGGUGGCGAGACGAUUCGUUCUAUAUGUAAGGCCUCUGGAGCCAAAAUUACCUGUGACAAAGAAUCAGAGGGGACGUUACUACUAUCAAGACUUAUAAAAAUCUCAGGAACACAGAAAGAAGUGGCAGCAGCCAAGCAUUUGAUACUAGAGAAAGUUUCAGAAGAUGAAGAACUUCGGAAAAGAAUCACUCAUUCUGCAGAAACCAGAGUCCCACGCAAGCAGCCAAUCAGUGUAAGAAGGGAGGAAGUAACAGAGCCACGUGCAGCUGGAGAGCCAGCUUUAUGGAAAAACACUUCUGCUAGCAUGGAGCAGGCUUCGCCGCUGGCAGAUCCUUCCUGCAAAGGAGGUGGCGACAUGGCUAUUGUAGGGCCGGAAGAAGGUUCCUGGGAGAAACCUAAUGGUGACAGCUCUCAGAAGUCUGGAGCCCAGCCCAGCCCAGAGAUGUCCAUGUUUGAAAUCCCCAGUCCUGACUUCAGUUUCCAUGCUGAUGAGUUCCUGGAAGUCUACGUCUCCGCUUCUGAACAUCCUAACCACUUCUGGAUCCAGAUCAUUGGCUCCCGAAGCCUGCAAUUGGAUAAGCUUGUCAAUGAGAUGACCCAGCACUAUGUGAAUAGUCUGCCUGAAGACCUGACUGUGCACGUAGGAGACAUUGUAGCAGCACCUUUGUCUACAAAUGGUUCCUGGUAUCGAGCCCGGGUCCUUGGCACCUUGGAGAAUGGGAACCUGGACCUCUACUUUGUUGACUUUGGAGAUAAUGGAGAUUGCUCACUGAGGGACCUCAGGGCACUCAGGAGUGACUUCCUAAGCCUUCCAUUUCAAGCAAUAGAGUGUAGUCUGGCACGGAUCGCCCCUUCAGGUGAACAAUGGGAAGAGGAAGCUUUGGAUGAGUUUGACAGACUUACUCACUGUGCUGACUGGAAGCCCCUGGUAGCCAAGAUCUCUAGCUAUGUCCAGACUGGGACCUCAACUUGGCCCAAGAUCUACUUAUAUGAUACUAGCAAUGGGAAGAAACUUGAUAUUGGGUUAGAAUUAGUUCGUAAAGGAUAUGCAGUUGAGCUUCCUGAAGACAUGGAAGAAAACGGAACUGUCCCAGAUGUGUUGCACGAUGUGGCCACAGAUGUGUCUCUCAGCAGCAUGUUCACUGAGACCAAGAAGAGCGCUGCAGAGAUAGCAAAUACCCUGUCCUCCCUCAGCUUAUCAGAAGCUGCCUCUAUGUCUGGUGAUGAUAACCUUGCAGAGGACUACUUAAUCUGAAGUCCGCUUCAGCUGCCUCGGCCAUCUGCUUUGCUUUGAUUUGAUGCCUGGAGAGAAAAGCCUGUGAUCAAGAGAUCUAUGCAGUCCUUCCUUUAUUACACACAAAACCUGGCUUGCUGUGGGCCAAAUGUGUGUUCUCCUAUGGUGAAACGACCAGAAAGAGUGUGGAGUAGAGAGAGACAAAUAUGUGCUCCUACUCCAUCCCCCACCAGCCUCCCUUCCCGUGUUUGAAUACUGCUGCAUUGUGUCCAGGCUGCUCAACAUCUGGCUUGUCCCCUCCACCUAUCAGAAUGCACACUCCUGCUGGGCUGUGUCCUUUCUCAGGCUGGGAAGUAGCCAGGAUUUGGUCAUUGGAAGUGAUGAUUCUGCACAUCUCUGACUCACCUCCUCAGGUGACUCUGGUUAAGGGAAGCUUUUGAAUGGUGAACUAACUCAAAGACUGCAGUUGAGUCAGGAGACAAAGGCAAAAAUCAGCAUAUUUAUAUUAAAAAGCCUCAGGAAAUGGGAAAGAGAAUGUUGCCUCCCAGCCUCAACUGAUGAUGUUAUUGGAGACAGGUUUUUGAAAACAGUGCUCUAUUUCCCUGUACACUUUGGUUAAAAUAUAAGCAAGGAGAGAGGCAGCUCAGGAAAUACUCUAAAUUGCUAGUAUAGCAUCUAUAAUAUAUAUGUGUGCAUACACCCAGAGAAAAAGAGAACAUGUGUAGUUGUUCAAAGCAUUUAGGAAGUUCUUUGCUGAAUAAAGUUCUCAAAAAAUUAUCUAAAACUAAAUGCUGGUUGUAUCACAAGGUGGAAGAAGGCCUAUGGGUGUGUCUUCUGAACCUAAAUCUAGUGAGAAUUGCGAACACCUCACGUAGAGGGGUCCAUCUAUGAACAAGUAUUCCUCCCAUGUGUAGAUCAUAUCCUUUCCCUGAAGUUACCAGAGCCAACUUGGGUUUUGACUGUGUAAAUAAGACUGCACCUAACGUAUUUGGAAGAAAAAGCCUGGAUUAGGAUUCUAGAAACCUGGGUUCUAGGAAUACAUCUCUGGACUCUAGGGAGCCUGUUUCUCUACAGCCUCUCCCCAUUUCUGACAGUAUCGUGAGAGCUAGGAAGGUACUUGAAGUAAUAUUGUCAAUGUAAUGAGGGUGGUAGAAUAAUGACAAAUGAACAUUUUUUUUAAGGAUCAGCAAAGUAAACUGGAAAACUUGAAAUAGCACAUAAGGACGCCUUAUGCAGGUUUUUUUUUUAAUCUAGGGAUUGGUGAACUGGGUCUACCCAUAUACUACAUGGCAACUCUAUUUUCCCAUAGCCACAAUUUUCAAAAUUUUUCUCAGAUCUCAGUGCCAGUGAGCAGUGGCGCUCCUGUGAGGGAGCAGCUCUGAUGAGCAGCUGUGGAAAAGUCAGUUAAGGGCUGCCACUGACCUUCAGACCUUGGCUCAGCCCUGGGGUUGGAGCCACUCUACAUGGUCAUUGGGUCACUUAGUCCCUAGUUUCCUCAGCUCUUCAGCCUUUACUGUUAAGUAGAGAGGACCCCUAACAAAUCAUAAGACUUCUCGCUGUGGAAAAUGAGUGGUGUCCAUUCCUAGCUGCGGUUUGCUACCGUGUAUAAAAGUGUGUUCCUUUAAGGUGGCUUUUAAGUCUUUUCAGUUCACAUCCCGUUCUGAUGGGCUCCUUGUUCUUCCAACAGCCCUGUGCUUUUCCUGCUGCCCGGAAUACCCACUUGUAUGCUUCCUGUUUGUUAUUUUGUCUGUUGUAAUCCCCUGAGUCAAAGCAGCGGGACCCAUGUGCCUUCUCUCAUCUCCACAUCCAAAGAAAAGGAAUUAGCACUUGUCUCUGAUUUGAACUGAAAUAUAUGAAUGAAAAUAUCCCAAUAGCUUGGUUCUUGCUCCUGGCAGGUGUUCAGUAAGUAAAUGGUUAGAAUAAAUGGGGAAAUGGCUUUGGGGUGAGAGGAAGGCAAAAGGAGCCUAAAAUCCUUGGGUCCCUUUCCUGUCUGUUCAGCUCCCUCUGAUUGUUUCAAUCAUUAAAUGUUUCUCCUACAGUG